UGUCAAUCGAUCAACAGAGGCACAGCAUUCUGUUUCCGACGCUCAAAUAAAAUCCAUCAGGAUUCCGUGGUCUCCAGCGCCUAAUUCCUCCUCCUUCGUCUUCCAAAUCCUCCGUCAAAUUGCUGGUACGUUUCUUCUCCUCCCACUCCUUUCCCUCUCUGUUUCUGCCACGGAUUGCUCUUUCCUUUUCCACUCUUCCUUUCGUUUCCUCCUAUUCAUUUCCCCAAAGUCGGAGACUUUCUCUUCCCACUAGACGAACCCAUAUCGCAGAAAGCUCCACUGAUUUCAUCUCGAAGAACAACGAGGGUGAUAAACACUCUUCCCGUUCCUCCCUCUGUUCUGUGGUGUUUGUUUAUCUUGAUGAAUCUGAUCAGUGCGCGAUGUGUAGUCUCGCAGUAUCGAUUCUCUCGCCACUCUUUAUUGCUACUCCUUCCACAGAAUUUAUGAAUUGUUGAUUUUUCCCCCCCUCCAAUCGGAGAAUGGAUUCGAAGAUUGUCUCAUACUCUCAUUUGUUCAUUCUUUUCUUCAUGAUCUACGAGCAGUGAAAAAGGGCAAAAACCCUUGCUCCGAUUAGAUUUCACAGAUGGCACUGGUGACAACCGCCGAGGUCUGCGACGCAAACCCACACCUAAUCGUCAGCGGCGAGCUCCGAGCAUUACAACCCAUCUUCCAGAUAUACGGCCGCCGGCAGGUGUUCAGCGGGCCGGCCGUGACCCUCAAGGUGUUCGAGGACAACGUCCUGAUCCGCGAGUUCCUCGAGGAGAAAGGCAACGGCAGGGUCCUCGUCGUCGACGGCGGCGGAAGCCUGAGGUGCGCCAUACUCGGCGGCAACCCGGUGGUUCAGGCGCAGAACAACGGCUGGGUUGGGAUCGUGGUGAACGGAUGCAUUCGAGACGUCGACGAGAUCAACGGGUGUGACAUUGGUGUCAGAGCUCUGGCUUCGCAUCCCAUGAAGGCGAGUAAGAAAGGGAUUGGGGAGAAGCACGUUCCUGUUUCGGUUGCGGGGACGAGGAUUGAGGAUGGUGAUUGGAUCUAUGCUGAUACUGAUGGUAUCCUCGUCUCUCGAACCGAGUUGUCGGUCUAAAUCGAGCUCUGUAUCUCUCUCUCUCAGUUUGCUCUGUUUCUGCUGCAACGUUCUUUUAAGUGUCAAAAAAUGUGUCUGUCAUAGCUCUAGAUUUUCGACCUCUUUGCCUUUGUGAUUGAAUCAUACAAGGGCUAGUUGUGAUUUGUGAACCCUUGAGCCAAAAUCAAUGGAAAAACCAAUU